UCCGCCCCGCGCGCUCCCAGAAAGAGUCCCGGGAGCCGACCCACGGCCGCAAGUCCUGUUCACCGCGUGCGCCGCGCCGCUCUCCCGCGCCCCCAGCCCGGCGCGCCUUCCCGUACGACCCGCCGGCCCAGGGUCCCGUCCCUUCCCUGCGGCCCGCGCUCCCCUCCCCUCGCUGCCCCGGGCUCGCCGUCCCUCGCGCUCGCCGCCUGCCGCCCGCCGGGUCCCGGGCCGCGGGAAGGUCGGGGACCCAAGAGCGCGCGGGCGGACCCGCCGGCGAAGGCGCUCUGGUUUUGGGGAGCACAAGCCGGCCUUGUCAACUGGUUGCACUCCUGAAAAGGACGUGAAGUGCUACGACUCAGACGCGUCCCCAAACACUGGGAGGGCUCCCAGAGGGAAGCCACUGCAUGUGAAGGUCUUACAGUGGAAGCUGCCCAGAGUGGAAGGCUGAUUUGCAGUGGGAAGAUCAUUCUGGUCGUGCCAUCCUGGGGAUGCCUAGAAAGCCGUGAUCAGUAGGCAGUCGGAUGCAGUGUCUUUAUGAAAGCAGGACAGUCCUGUUUGUUCGGGAGGCACACCAUGGCCGUGAUCAGGCUGGGGUCUGGCAGACCGCCGACGAGGAGGGCUUUCUUGCUGCUGAAACUCACGGCUGUCACCUUGUCGGUGCUUCUGUUCUGUGAAUUUCUGAUCUAUUAUGGUGUGAUCGUCCGGUGUCACUGGCCUGAGGUGGAAACUCCAGCGGACAGCAGGGGCCGGGGCCCCCCCGAGCCUGCACUGCGAGCCAUGUUUUUGGCGGAUACCCACCUGCUCGGGGCAGUGAGAGGCCACUGGCUGGACAAAUUACGAAGGGAGUGGCAGAUGGAGAGAGCCUUCCAGACGGCGCUGUGGCUGCUGCAGCCGGAGGUCGUCUUCAUCCUGGGGGACGUCUUCGAUGAAGGGAAGUGGAGCUCCUCCCAGGCCUGGGCGGACGACGUGGGGAGGUUCCAGACCAUGUUCCGACACCCUGCUCACGUGCAGCUGAGGGUGGUCGCCGGCAACCACGAUGUUGGCUUCCACUACCAGAUGAACACAUACAAGAUAAAACGAUUUGAGAAAGUUUUCAACCCCGAAAGGCUGUUUUCUUGGAAAGGAAUUAAUUUCGUGCUGGUCAACAGCGUGGCCAUGGAAGGAGAUGGCUGUGACAUCUGCUCUGGAGCUGAGGCUGAGCUCCUGGAGAUCUCCCGGCAGCUGAACUGCUCCCGGGAGCAGGAGCAUCACCCCGGCAGGUGUGGAGACGGAGGGCCGCUGCCAGCCUCGGCCCCAGUCCUUCUGCAGCACUUCCCGCUUUACCGGAGAAGCGACGCCCACUGCUCCGGGGAGGACGCUGCGCCCCCAGCCGAGAGGGGCAUCCCCUUCCAGGAGCGGUACGACGUGCUCUCCCGGGAGGCCUCCAGGAAGCUGCUGUGGUGGCUCCGGCCGCGCCUGGUCCUGAGCGGCCACACGCACCAUGCUUGCGAGGUCCUCCACGGGGCCGGCGUCCUGGAGGUCAGUGUGCCGUCGUUCAGUUGGAGGAACAGAAAUGACCCCAGUUUCAUCAUGGGCAGCUUUACGCCCACAGACUACGUCCUGGCCAAGUGCCCCCUGCCCCGCGAGGACACAGUCCUGACCACGUACUGCGGAGCGGCCGGGUGCCUCGUGGUCCUCACGCUAGUCCACAUGAGGCUGCUGGCCUCACCUUUGCACGUGGGUUGGAACCUGCUCAGAAAAUUUAAGACCACGUGAGUAACAGGCAUCAAGACCAGAGGAGCUGACCUGCGGGCGGUGCUCCAGCGAGUGAGACUGAGCGCUGCUUGGGAGCUAGACCCCUGGGCCGAUCCCCGCGGGGUGAGGGUGAGCUGCUGGUGCUGUUCCCAUGCUGUCACAAUGGAGCGUGCACUCUCCAGAGUCUGUUUUCUCACUUCAUCAAAGAUGUGUGUAAUCACGGAUUGUAUCUACAGCUCGCAGAAGCUGCGGGCGUCACUGGCGUGCAUGCGACAGCCUGCGUUCCCCAGUCAGCACCGGCAGGCUUGGGGUGAGGUGACACCACCAGUGGUCCUGCGGGUGGUUCUCAAGUUCCUACCUGUGCUAGUCAGAUGCUUCAAAUAAACCCAGAUGCUACAAGCAGGAAUAGCUGUUCCCGCAGACUCCUGUGUGUCCGCGCUAACUGGUUGGAAUCGGGUUUUUAGAUGAGUGUCAUUUUCUCUCCAGCAGACCCGACUGUUAAAUCAGGAUCAAAAGCCCGUCAGUGAGCAAAAGAAACUUGAAAAGUAGCCUCCAGGAAGAGGCAUUUGGUGUUUAAAAACAAGUAUGCCUUGGUAAUUUUAAGCCAGGUAAAGUGGAUUCUUUUUGCAUUUUUUCCUUGAGAGUCUGGCUCCUCAGUCAGACCUUUAAAUAGGAAGUUCACUUACAGGGGAUUGCUGAGUGAUGCGGAGAACAACAUACAACUCUUGUUUUUUGUGUAUAUGUGUUGGGUUGUAUCUCUUCAUGUUUUCUUCAUGUUUUACUUCGAAAAUGCAAUGGAAAUGGAAAAUCAUUUCUACUUCAUCUGUCUCCGUUCACCUGAGAGUUUUAUGAAACAGGCAAGGAUGGGAGAGGCAGGAACUGGGUGAUAAUGAGAUAAAAAACGUGAUGGUGUGUUGUCUUUGACGUCGCCAUCCUGUAUUUUGUGUAAAAGUCGUAUUUAGCCGUGGAUGAGUUUACAGAGGAUUACAAGAUGCUGGUUUACAGAGCAAACUUGAAACUAUCAAAGACUAAAUGAAGUCGAUGAAGUCACGUAGGCUGGGCUGCCUCCUCUCUGCUUUGUGUGGUUGGAGUAGAACCUCGGACAUCUUCACAGACUGCCUGACCUGGGGAAGCCACCCUCAGGGCCGUGGCCAAGCAUGAGGGGCUUUCUGGGUCUCGUACUGGAGCCAUCUUGCGAGGCUGCAUCUGCAAAUCUCUCAAGUUUGAGAAAUAGCCAUGUAUUUUGACUUGGUAUUUCAGUAAAGGUUUUGUAAUGUUUCUUCUUCAAAA